AUGCCGGAAAAAGUAAAAUGGAGUCAGUUCGCAUCCGUGUUGAACUCCCUGUUCUUGAAGUACAGCGAGAGGGGUCUCAAUGAACAUCACCUGUUCUAUCUAGCCAAGAUGGCCUUCACAGCAUUUGAGCAACUGCCGAUGAAUUAUUUUGAUGACAGGUUUAUAUCGUACGGAGAAAUCUUUAAGAAUAAACUGCACAGGAAGGAUUACAACAUAUGGAUGUGGAUCUACGCCUGCCUCAAUCUUGUCUCCUCCAAGCUACUCGUCAAGAAUGAAUGGAUGAAGGAAUAUAUAUACGGUUUUAUAUCGAAAGACGACGCCAAACGUAAAUUAGAGAAUGAGCCGCCAGGGACUUUCCUACUGAGAUUUAGCGAGACGAACAUUGAGAUGUCACAGAAAUCUGACAAGUGUGGCAGCUGCAAUAACGCCAUAGAAACGCUGCCCGGCGACUUCCAGCUACCAUUAAACGAUUUAAGCAACUCCGGAUCAACUUUAGCUGAUGACUUAGCUAACAUUGUUUCUAGUUUCGGUGGAUUGAGUGACAUCGUUCUUGAUGAUACGUCUUAUAGCGGGGCUCAAUUGCUGCUACAACAACACCAGCUGCUAACACAGCAGCAACAACAGCUGCCAACACAACAACUACAAGAGCUUUUAACACAGCAGCAGUUAAUCGAUAACCUUGAUGAAUUUUUACUAGACGGUCUUACAUAUGACGAGAACGGAGAGAUAGUGUUCGAUACGGACAAUGCAGAGUUUGAUUGA